AUGGGCACUUAUCACUACAGCAGUCAAGUCCAGUACCAGGCUGUGACUACUGCUAUUUAUCAAUAUCAGCAAUCCUGUGCUGGCAAAAACACAGCCAACGAUAAAGAUCUGUUUGGGUCUUCGUCAAUCUCAACAUCUAGCUCAUUCCUUCAAUCACUUACCCUUGUAUCACCAAAUGAUCCCAUUGGCUUCCUGACUACUCCUGCACAGCAGAAAAAUAGACUGCCACAGGAGGAGGAAAAAAUAAACACAAAAAAAUAUGGGAAGUUGAUGGGAGAUGGGCUUCCAUAUUACCUUACAAGUGAUACCUUCUUUUCACAAGUUGUCGACCAUGAAAAAGCGGUGGCAGAUAAUGAAGUCAAACAAGCUUGGAAAGAAGCAAGAGGACAGCGUGCAGGGGCUUUGGAGGCCUGGAAAAAGGAUAACAAGGCAAGGAAGCAACACAACAGGGAUCUGAAGGCAAAUUAUCAGGUUAAAGUCAAUCAAUGGAAGGAAGAGUGUGAGAAUGCAAAAGCAGAAAAGCGCCAGCCUGCAUGGAAAAAGCCAGUCUGUGGCAAGCUCAAAACACCAUUACUUAAACCUACAGCAAUAGAGGAAGCUAUAGGAGAUGAUGCUGACCUGGAUGCUGAUGAGCAUGAAAACAGCACAGAGGAGGAGGAGGAGUAG